AUGCGGAAGUAUAGCGGUGUAUAUUCUGUUCCCGUGGUUACAGUGCUGCGUUGUUUCAGGCUUAGCGCAAGGUCCUGGCUGCCAGUAGUACAGAACCGAGGAUGACUCGAUACUGCGCAGCCACGUGUUGUAAGAACCGGGGAGGGCAGGCGGCUAGCACCAAGCACAAACUCUCAUUUUACCCGUUUCCUUUGCAUGACAGGGGAAGACUUAAAGAAUGGCUGUGUAAUAUGAAACAGAACAAAUGGUAUCCCACGAAGCAUCAGGUCUUGUGCAGUGAUCAUUUUACCCCUGAUUCCUUCAGUAUGAGAUGGGGUAUUCGGUAUCUGAAACCUAAUGCUAUACCUACUAUAUUCUCGUUUACAAAUAAUUCCCAGGAUACAUCUGAGUUGGACGUUUCUACAAAGGAAGGAAUGCAGGAUGAUGCAGAAAUUGAUACAGACACUUUGAUGUCACAUGUUUUUUGUCCCAAUGUGACAAACAAAUUGAAUCAUGGUUUUGACAGAGAUAAAUACAUUGACUCUGAUUGCAAAGAGGUUCAUCUGAAGAAUACAAUGAAUGGAAUUAUAAUUUCAGAUAGUAAGGCAACAGACUUGUACUUUCCAAAUUCUGACUAUGAAAUCCAGGCCCAGUUGAUGACAAGUUCUAAGUCCUGUCAGACCUCUUCAGAAAAUGUGAUUGUUAGCUCUGUCGAGGACUUAAUCUGCCAGAAUAAUCAGGUGUGUUUUGAGCUUCAAACAGACCAAAAUUAUGUUACAGAAAAUGUUCAAGAAGACCAUUACAGCAAUGUGCAAAAAGAGACAUUAUCCCUCGGUUUGGUUAAGCAGUCUUCUAAACAGAUGGCUGCAGAUAAAAAUUCUGUUCUAACUUUAAUUGUGCCAGGUGGACUAGCUGGAAAUGUCAUUUCCAAUAAUCAUCAAUUUACCAGUUUAGAAAAGCUUGGCUUUGAAAAUGAUGCACAGAGCACCAGUGAAAUCUUAGAAUCUGAACAUUCAUAUUGCAGGCAAACUACUGACCGACAUUAUCUCUGGCAAAAGAUUGCAAAGUUGCAGUCUAAAAUAGCAGUCCUUGAAGUGCAAGAAAAUGCAACAUUAUCUCGUCUUAAAUCACUGGAGUCACUGAUUACGCAACUAAAGCAAGAAAAUCUGCUAUCUGAUGAAAAGCUUAAGAUUCUUGAAAAUUGUAGCAGUGUUGAUAUUGCCAUAGUAUAAUAAAUAUUUUCCAUGUGUA